GCCAAACAAAGAUAUGAGGAUCUUCACAAAGCUCUCUGCACCACUCUGCUUCCUUUUUGUCUUCCUCUGUCUUAAAACUGCCUUCUCAUCCUCUAUAAAUGCUUCUUCCUUCUCAACAACGCAUCUCUGCUCUCAUGAGGAGGCUCUUGCUUUGCUGCAAUUCAAGACAUCCUUCUCCAUCAAUUACACUGCUUCUGAUCCUUAUUUAUGUAAAUAUUAUUAUACCAAACCUUCUUUUAAGACUGAAUCAUGGAAGGAAGGUAUAGACUGUUGUUCCUGGGAUGGGGUUAGCUGUGAUAAUGUCACAGGCCAUGUAAUUGCCCUUAAUCUCAGCUGCAGUUUCCUUUAUGGCACCUUUCCUUCCAACAGCACUCUUUUCUUCCUCAGAAACCUGCAGAGCCUCAAUCUUGCCUUUAAUGAUUUUAGGCAUUCCAAGAUUCCAUCGGAAAUCAGUCAGUUUACUAGACUAAAGCAUCUUGAUGUCUCUUUUUCUCAAUUUUCGGGCCAAGCUCCGGGAGAAAUUGCUCACCUCCCCAAGUUAGUUUCUCUCAAGCUCUCUAGUUAUUACAAUUCUUUUGACUUGAUUCUUGAAACAACUACCUUCAAAAAUCUUGUUCAUAACUUGAGUGAGGUGAGAGAACUUAAGCUUAGUGGAGUGAACAUGAUAUCUAUUAAUCCUCGUCUCUUCAUGAAUCUCUCUUCUUCAUUGACUACUCUUGAUCUUUCCAAGAGUGUGUUAAGAGGAAACUUUCCAAACAGUAUUUUCUGGUUUCCAAAUCUCAAGAAUUUUUAUUUAAGUGGAAAGCGAAACCUCACUAUUGAUCUUCCAAGUUCCAAUUGGAACAGUUCUCUCCAAGAUUUGUAUUUAGAUGUCUCGGAUUGCGGAAGACGAUUGCCAGAGUCUAUAGGAGAUCUAAAGUCAUUACGGUCUCUGAGUCUUGGCUGCCACUUGGAAGGUUCCAUUCCAGCUUCCAUAAGGAACUUACCUCAACUUACUAGCCUAGACCUCUCUUCUAACUAUCUUAGCGGACAAAUCCGACCAUCACUUGCAAACCUCACAAAACUUCGCUAUCUCUCCCUUUCUUCUAACUUACUUAAUGGCACGUUGCCACCUUGGAUUUUCACCCUACCUUUGUUAGAGUACUUGUAUCUUAGUCAUAACCAAUUUCAAGGUCAAAUAAAUCAAUUCCGGCAAAACUCACUCACACACCUAGAUUUGUCAAACAACAAACUCCAGGGCGCAAUUCCUAACUCAAUUGCUAAUUUAGUAAAUCUUAGUUAUCUUGAUUUAUCAUCAAAUCAUUUUAGUGAUUUAGUAGAAGCUGACAUGUUCUCGGCUCUUCAAAAUCUGGAAACCAUCUUUCUUUCAGACAAUAAUCUGUCCUUGAGAAUGAAUGUCAAUGCCAACUUCACAUUACCCAAACUAACUCAUGUUUCCUUUUCUUCUUGUAACUUGAGUGAAUUCCCCAAUUUCAUAAGACAUUCAAAUGGUCUGCAAAGCCUAGUGCUGUCCAAAAAUAGCAUUUAUGGAAAUAUUCCCCAAUGGAUAUGUGAAAAGGAUGAUCUCCAAAUUCUUGACCUUUCUCAUAACAAUUUAAUCGGGAAGAUUCCAAAUUGUCUUCCUAAGUUUCUCUCGGUGUUGAAUUUGCAGGCCAAUUACUUUGAUGGAAAUAUAUCAUUUGGGUUUCCAAAGGGCUGUGGAUUACGAAAUCUCAACUUACAUGGAAAUCAAAUGGAUGGGCCAUUACCAAGGUCCUUGGUGAAUUGUAGCAAGUUAGAGGUUCUGGACGUUGGCAAAAACAACAUAGAGGGCACAUUCCCUCAAUGGUUGGAAUCUCUACCAGACCUUCAAGUGCUUGUUUUAAGGUCCAACAAGUUCCAUGGUUCUGUGCAGAGCACCAAAGAAAGUCCAUCUUUUCUCAGGUUACGAGUUCUGGAUCUCUCCAACAAUGAUUUUCUUGGUCCUUUGCCUGUUUGGUACAUUGAAAAUUUUAAAGCGAUGAUGGACUCUCAUGGAGAGGAUGGUUCCCCUGAAUACAUGAAGGCGCCAACGAGAGACAAUUUUUAUCUAUAUUCACUGGUUGUGACAUGGAAGGGAUUCAACUAUGAGCUGCAGGGAAUCUUGACCACACUUAGCAGGCUUAAUCUUUCUCAUAACAACCUUACUGGUCAUAUCUCACCGUCGCUAGGGAGUUUGACGAAUCUUGAAUGGUUGGAUCUCUCUUCCAACGAGCUGGCGGGGAAAAUUCCCGAUGAAUUGGUAUCUUUGACACAACUCGUUGUAUUGAAUCUUUCAAAUAAUCAUCUCGUCGGACGCAUACCACAAGGCAAUCAAUUCAACACCUUUGGAAAUGAUUCUUAUGAAGGAAACCUUGGACUGUGUGGAAUCCCAUUGUCAAAAUCUUGUGAUGGAAUUGGGACACCGCCGAGCUCCUUCCAAGAAAAAGAUGAGUUGUGGAGAUUUGGCUGGAGAGUUGUGGUGUUAGGCUAUGGAUGUGGAGUUGUUUUUGGACUGCUGAUGGGAUAUCUUGUCUUCCGAAUAGGAAAACCAAAAUGGGUUGUGUCUAUGUUUGAUGGGCGACCAAGUCAAAGUGGAAGGAAGCUAAGGAAAGCCAGAAGAGUUGAUGUUUUGGAGCUUCUGAUUUAAUGUUUCCUGAAUAAGUGCUUUUCAGGUUUGAAGUUCUUGUUAUGGCUAGCAUUGGCUUGUCUAAAAUUAUCAGCCUUCUCUUGUCUUUAUUAUGCUUUGUAAUUUUGUCUUUCUUUAUUAUAAAAUAUAUUUGAAGGUUUAAGCUAUUAAUCUUUCUGUAUUAAUCUUUCUUUAUUGUAUUAAUAUUUGAAGUUUCAUUCUUUACAGUUUUGUUCUUUGAGAUUCCCAUUAGCAUAGACAUAAAAAUUUUUGCUUUAC